AUGGCCUUUCUCCGCUUCCUCGCCACUCUCAUGGAGCGUGCAGCUGUCGUAUUCUGGAGGCUUUUACCCUUGCUGAACGGGACAACCGUUUUCUUCGCUAAGCACGUUCUCUCCUGCCAAGCCAUCGCGCAGGCGGAGAAUGGCGAACUGCAAAUUGAUAACAGUGACGGUGGCGCCUUGCUCAUCGCCCUGCUGCCGUGUGAUCGAUUUCUCUGGUUGAUCUCAGAAAUUGCCACGGUCGGAAGUCGCUGCGAUAUGCCGCCGUUGAACACCGAUGCAGCACAAUUGACGGUGCUUUGGCAUGAAAGCUGCAUGAUGCCUGCCACAUUGGCACUCGCCCUGUCCCUGCCGUACACGAGCUCACUACGCUCGUGGACAAAUUCGAGCAUGCUUGGCAUAUGGGGCUUUUGGGGAGAACCUGCAUCAUGGAGGGUACUCUUGGCUGAUUUCUUGUCGCGGCGCCAAAAUCACAAAAAGUUCGCACGACGCGACCUUGCGGCCUCUUGCUCAGAAUCGCUGUUUCUCGCUCAAUUCUCAACGUAUUGGCUCGGCAACUACAGCGUUCGAUUCGCCUCGAACAUGGCAAAAUUCGAAGGUCUCAAAAUCUCGAUUUUCGGGUGCGCGCGCGAAGGAGAACGGCGGCGGCGAGCGGAGGAGAGGCCAGGGAGCGUCGGGAAUGGCUGGGACAUGUUUGGUUGGGUAGUAUGCAGUGCCCAAAAAUGCGAUGCGUUCGAAUCGUCUCGCCGAGACGCAGCACCUGGUAUAAAGAACACGGCAAGAUUCGCGAAACUCAAAAUCUUGAUUCCCGGAUUCCGGCUCAGCAGGAGUGGUCUGCAGAACAAGCAGCGCCCAAUUGCGCUUCUUGCUCGUGGGACCUUCUGGUACGAGCAAGAUGUUCAUGAACAUGACGCCAAGAUACGUAUCGACGGCUCCGAAUACUCUGGGAAGCACUCCAUCACACGUCUCAUUGGUGCUCCUCCGAGCUACGUCGGCCGCGACCAGGGCGUCCAGCUCACGGACUACAUCCGCCGGAAGCCGAACUCGAUCGUGCUCAACGAUGAGAUUGAGACGGCCUCGCGCGAAUUCGUUGCGCUCUUCCUGCAGACGGUCAAGCUCGCGUGGUUGAGCAACCUCAGCGCGAUGUGUCCCCGUCAGGCCCGAGACGCGCAAGCUCGUCAUGGGCGCGACCCGCGUACAUUCCCGCCGUCUGGUACGUGCUAUUCUCGGAGGUCUGAGAGGUGGCGUCGGGGGUGGUGGGCGAGUCGACUCGAUCCCACUGCCUCAUCAAAAUACACCAUGCACCCGCCGCUGCAGAGCGCAGAGCAAGAGAAAUGCUGUAACUCGGGCUGCGUGCAUGCACGCCAACUGUCCUUCGCCUCGCGCACGCCCUCAAGUACUGCCACGAACGUUGCCCGGCACGCCCGACCCUCUACUCCGCAUUACUUCUUGACCUUCCGCUACCCAGACAUCGGCCGAGGCCGCGGGCGCGAUGAUCCGGCGAAACCACUGCGGAUCUCUGCGUCCUCGCACUCUUUGAGGGACUCGGAGAAGAGAUGCACACGAUGCAGUCCGGGAUCGACGUCACUUUGCAACUUUGUGAUCGCUGCUCAAGCUAUUGACAAUGUCUCCUCUACACGGAGUACAAUUGUUUCGCAGCCUCCUUCCAUAGAGCUGAGAGAAGUAUCUCCAGAUGAAAGGCAAUUCCUGUUCAUGUUGUACAUAGGGCAAAUCACUUUCGGGGCAAUAGGUCUGUACCUUGGGAACGAAGGCGAUGAGCCUGUCGACUUUAGCAAGAAAGCCAGCAUCAUAUUUGUCCGCCUCCCAAGCGGGUAUUUCGUCUUGAUGGUGAAGGCCAAAGACUCGAGCCCUGGAGUCGAUGAUAGACUCCAUACAGUAAUGUUGACGGCGGAGGUCUCAUUCCGGUUUGACGAGGAUCCCCCGACGACGCAAUGGCUGCAAGAAGGCAGCUCAUUUACCAUCCACUUCGAUGACUGCGACGGAUUAAGGGCCUUGAUGCGCUGCAUCCUCAUCGCGCGGUCUGCUUGCACCGCAGUCAACACUGAGGUUGCUCGAGAUGAGGCCGAUACUCUUCAAGCACGACUGAAACACAUGGACGAAGCAGCGAUCAUUGCUGCUAUAGAGACCUCGACGGCAAAGGUCUAG